AUGGUUAUUCCACUAGAUUGUCACCAAUGCAAUGUUGUGAGGAGUUCGUGUUCCUCUUUGACUGGCACUGGGUUGUUUCUUGAGAGUGUAGAGUUAAAGUCGUCGCAGAUUUAUACUAUAUUACUCCGGGAGUGUGGUAGCUGGACAGAAGCGCCACCAACAUCGACCGAUCAGAGUCAGCAAUUUCUUCUCCAACAGCAGAGUCAGCAUCGCCAGCAGGUCCUCAAAACAACAACAGUACCAAACAGAACGCCACAGCAGGAGGCUUCUGAAAUGCUCCUGCCACAACAACAAUGCCGCAAAUCUUCACCCUUGAAAGUCACCUCUCGACUUCGCCCUAAAACUUCAUCCUUGAAAGUCACCUCUCGACUUCGCCCUAAAACUUCAUCCUUGAAAGUCACCCCUCGACUUCGCCCUAAAGCUUCACCCUUGAAAGUCACCCCUCGACUUCGCCCUAAAACUUCAUCCUUGAAAGUCACCCCUCGACUUCGCCCUAAAACUUCAUCCUUGAAAGUCACCCCUCGACUUCGCCCUAAAGCUUCACCCUUGAAAAUCACCCCUCGACUUCGCCCUAAAACUUCAUCCUUGAAAGUCACCCCUCGACUUCGCCCUAAAACUUCAUCCUUGAAAGUCACCCCUCGACUUCGCCCUAAAACUUCAUCCUUGAAAGUCACCUCUCGACUUCGCCCUAAAACAUCAUCCUUGAAAGUCACCUCUCGACUUCGCCCUAAAACUUCAUCCUUGAAAGUCACCCCUCGACUUCGCCCUAAAACUUCACCCUUGAAAGUCACCUCUCGACUUCGCCCUAAAACUUCAUCCUUGAAAGUCACCCCUCGACUUCGCCCUAAAGCUUCACCCUUGAAAGUCACUCCUUGA